CUCCUCCAGGACACCAGUUGGACUCUCAGUGCCGGACUCUAAGAUGUCUCCUCUGCAGCUGUCCGUCUACUGGCGUCUCGCCCUCAUCUUCCUCUUCUCGUCCUUCCUCUUCUUCCUCGACAUUCUGUCCGACGCCGUCGCCACUGACACGUGUCUCCACGACAACAGCAGCAUCGUGGACCCGGAGAACAACCAAUCAGGAUCCAGGGACAGAUUUCGGAGGACGGAGAGCGGGAACCGAGACUCAGUGUGUGGGUGGACAGAUGUGUUGUCCUAUGGUCAGACUCUCUACAUGUCCGGUCUGCUGCUGGGAUCUCUGGUGGGCGGAGCCAUUUCUGACCGGUACGGCUCCCGUCCGACGCUGCUGGUGUUUGUGUGCUUGCACAUCGUGUGCAGCCUCGUGCCUGCCGUCCUUCCUCAGCCACUCGUCUUCCUCGCCGUCCGCUGCCUGGCUGGAGUCUGCAACAGCAUCAUCAACGUCAGCAGCUUCUGCCUCGCGGUGGAGUGGACUCUUCCCUCAGCUCGUGUCUGGCCUUCGGCCUUCCUGCCAUUCUGUUUCAGUCUGGGGACGAUGGGCGGAGCUCUGCUGGCCUGGCUCAGCCCCACCUGGAAGCAGCUUCACCUGUCGCUGGCCAUUCCACAGCUCAUCUGCCUGCCACUCUACCUGUCCAUCCCAGAGUCCCCUCGCUGGCUGCUGCUCAGGAGGAGGAAGGACGUUCUGGAGCGUUACCGUAGCAACAGCACCAGAGACCAACGGUGUCUGGACCAGCUGCUCGACUCGGCCUGUUCUGACCUGAAGAAGGCUCAGAAGGAAGAGCCUGUCACAGACCACACCCCCGGUGACAUCAUCACCCACCUGAGACACCCUACUGUCCUGCUACGGCUAAUCAUCAUGAGCUACCUCAGUGUAGCAUCGGCGCUAACCUACUAUGGGAUUUGCAUGAACAUUGGCUCGUUUGGCGUCGGCAUUUACUCUGCCCAGUUUUUCUCCGGCCUAUCAGAAGCUCCCUGCCUGCUCAUCCCAUUGGUUCGCCUGGGACGUCGGCCAAUCAGCAUGCUCACUCUGUUCCUGAGCGGCGCCGCAUGCUUCCUGUCGCUGCUGCUGUCCAGAUAUAACAGUGAGCCGGUGCUGGUGAUGAGUUUGGCUCUGAUGGGGAAACUCUGCAUCCUGGCGACCUCCUCCAUCUCCAUCCUGUACUGCAUCGAACUGUUCCCCACCGUGGUCAGGCAGCGCUGUGUGUCAUUGGUCAACUUGUCUUUCCGACUCGGCUCAUUGGUCAACACCCUCGUGCCGCCGAGUUCCAAUGGAGCGAUCUCAUUGGCUGCCAUGUUGGUGUACAGCGGCGGACCAAUCAUAGGCAGCGGUCUUUGCCUGAUGCUGCCGGAGACGAGUGACAUCCCACUACCCGACUCAGUGGAGGACUGCGACCGGCAGCCGAGGCCCCGCCCCCCCGGCCUGGACGCCCACUGGUGGGCGAGGAAGCUGUGGAGCAGCCGAACCACGAAACCGGAGAAUCUCCCUGCAGAGAAGGACACCUUGAAACAACUCACUGGACUGAUUUAAGGGAAACGGCUUCGAUAAUUCCUCCAAAUCAGAUGAAAAUAUGUGAGGAAGAACAAAACAAACGAGUUCACGUCAUCAUUUAUGAAAACAGUUUCAUGGUUCAGAGACAGCUGUGGAAGAAUUAUUCAUCUACUAGCAAAAAAACGUAAUCUACUAUGAGCUACAGUGACGUAAAAAUAUCAUAGAACAUUUAUUUUCCUUAAAUAAUGGUUUAAGUGACAGUCAGAUUUAGCAUUUUUAUAGAUUUAGCUGCUAUCCUUUAAUUAUGUGGAACAACUAAACCACAAACAUAACAGAUAAUAGUUAGCUAAAGCUAGCCAUGGCUGCGGUGCUAGCUCGCUAAUUCACCAGAGCUUUUAUUGCUAAGGCUAAUUUCCUUUACAGCACAUUAUUAUUAUUGUUAUUAUUAUUAUUUUUGUUGUUAUUAUUAUGCAGUAAAACUUCCCAGUUUUUCCACAGAGCUAAAGGAAGCAGGGAUUCCAUUCAAGAUGCUAAUGCUAACUAGCUUAGCAGAUCUAAAAAAAAAAAAAAAAAAUCACAACCUCUUUAACUUUGU